GGAUGACUGUAGAUCUGACAGAGUUCAGUGGAGCUUCAGUGUGAAGGUGUGUGAGCAAGCAGAAGUGCUGGAUGGAGGAUAUGAACUGUGGAUUUAGCUCCUGUCGGUGAGGCUGAAUAACACGCCUGGACCAAGCGGACCAAAUUAUACACUUCACAAUAUGAAGACGCGAACGCGUCAUGGGAUCAUAUUGAUUGGUUUUGUGACCGUGCUUACAAGCUUAUUAAUCCUGUACAACAGCAGUUCUACCGACACACCAGAAGAUCAGAUGCAGUCAGACGGACAUCAGAUGAACGUUUUAAGAUGGCAAACAUCCCACUUAGAAGGGUACAGCAGCAUCAUUGAACAUAAGCCUCUUAGGAUGCAUUGCAGAAGUUGUGCCUUGGUGACCAGCUCUGGUCACAUGACAGGAAGUGAUCGAGGUGCAGAGAUUGAUAGCAAGGAAUGCGUCAUCCGUAUGAACGAUGCCCCGACAAAAGGCUACCAGAGGGAUGUGGGCCAGCGGACGAGCCUGCGUGUGGUCGCACAUUCCAGCAUGCAACGUGUGCUACGAAACCGCCAUGAGCUACUCAACUCCAGCCAGGACACAUUCUUUAUCUUCUGGGGGCCCGGAAACUAUAUGCGACGAGACGGUAAAGGCCUUGUCUACAACAACCUGCGCCUGAUGAAGCAGAUGAUGCCUAAACUACAGGUGUAUGUUAUCUCACGGUUGAAGAUGUUGCAUUUUGAUGAGCUUUUUAAGAAGGAAACGGGAAAAGACAGGAAAAGGUCGAAUUCAUGGCUCAGCACUGGUUGGUUCACCAUGGCAAUCGCUAUGGAGGUUUGUGACAGAAUUGACGUCUAUGGCAUGAUUCCUCCUGAGUUCUGCAAGUCUCCCAAGCCCUCAGUGCCGUAUCACUACUACGAGCCUGCGGGGUCGGAUGAAUGCACCAUGUAUCUCUCCCAUGAGCAAGGCCAGCAUGGCAGUCACCAUCGUUUCAUUACAGAGAAACAUGUCUUUGCCAACUGGGCACGUAUGUUCAACAUACACUUCUAUCAGCCUGACUGGAGACCGACGCCAGUCGCAAAGAACAGCACAGACUCCUGAAGUUCGGAUGUUUUUAGGACUCAGAGCCUGUUGGUGACAGAGUGUGUCCUAUUGAGGACAAAUUAAUGUUUUAACUUAAACAUUUUAACUUGAACACAUUAUGAAUGAUGUUCUUUCUAGAGGCUUGAAACACCAAGAACAACUUUAUACAAGGCACUUGUUGGACAUAAAGACUUUUUUUGAUGAACAUUUUAAUUGCAAAAGCUGAAGUGCUGAAUGAAAAUGUUUAACGAGUAUGUUAAAUGUGACAAGAGCACAUUCAUAAUUCAGAAAACUGGGUUACUGUAUAAUUAUAUCACAUUUUCUGUUUCCAGCAAUUACUAGUUUGAUAUCUAGGCCAUAUUGUUCCCCCUGUGUAAUUUCAUUUAAAUUACACAGAGCCUCACUAAUUUUUGCCGCUUUUAGAGUGUCGAGCAUAUGUUACAAAUGUACUUCUCUCAGUGGCAUCUAAAAGGAACCAUGUGCAAUUUGUGCAUUUUCCAAAUGAGACUUUGUUCAUAGGGCCUCAUUAGAUUUGUCUGAUUUAGUUUUUGUACAAGUAAAAAAAGAUGUUUAUCUCUUAAAAUAAGCUGUAAAUAUAGAUUUAUGCUAAUACAUGUGAUGUUCUCAGUAGUUCUAGUCUUUCCUCUAAAUCAGAGGUUUCCACAGACUGUUUCAUGCUAGGACCCACCAAAGUAAGUAAAUCAGUUUUAAGACCUUUUUUUUAUAUACAAUUUUUUAUCGUCCUUGUCAUAUAGUUUAAUAUAAUAUAGUAUAAUAUUUCAUGUUUUAUGCUAUGUCUUGAUGCAUUGACACGGAACUAGCUUAAAUGAGUCUCAUGGCAAUUCUAUUUUACGUUUAGUGGAUAAUUCAUAACAAUUAAUUUCAUAUGAUCGUACGUUUAAAGAAUUAGUUCACUUUAAAAUGAAAAUUACCCCAAGAUUUACUUAUGACUUUCUUCUUUCUGAUGAACACAAUCGGAGUUAUAUUAAUAAAUAUCCUGACGCGCCCAAGCUUUAUAAUGGCAGUGAACGGGGACAACAAGUUUGAAGCUCAAGAAAGUGCAUCCAUCCAUCAAAUACAUACUCCACACGGCUCCGGGGGGUUAAUUAAAGGCCUUCUGAAGUGAAGAGAUGCGUUUGUGUAAGAAAAAUAUCCAUAUUUUACAAGUUAUAAAGUAAAAUAUCUAGCUUAACUUACGAAGAAAGUGUAACGCCUCUCGCAGUUCAAAGUGCUUAUGCUACGUCCUACACCUUCCAUAUUCAACUGAUGCGACAUUUUUUUCAUAAGUUGAAUACAUAAGGCGGUAGGACGUAGCUUAAGUGUUUACACCUAGGAUGGCUUGAGGUUGAUUUUCAUUUUAAAGUGAACUAAUCCUUUAAGCCCCAGUGGCAGUUAGGUUUAGGUGCAGGGUUAGGGUAGGACCUUCAUGCUUACUUUUUUCCAAAAAUCGUACAUUUUUCAACAAUUCACAUCGUACGAAUUUAUACAUAGGUAUUUUUUCCUGUGAGAUUGGGUUGGUCAUAAAGUAUGUUGACUCAGUAGCUGCUGUGAACAAUUCGUUAAAAGAUUUGUCAUUCUUAUUCAAACCGAUAACACCUGAGUUUGUUAGUCUUUUAAACAAUGAACCAAAUACAAGUUAUGGCGAACUUGUUAAUUAAAUCAGAGAACUUAUAGUUUUCAUAUUUAUAACCUCCACCAUUAUUCUCAGACUAUGUGCGUCCUACUUAUUUCCACAGUUUGAAAACUGCUGCAAAGACUUUAAGCCAUAGAAAAUCUUUGGAAGUUCCAAUGUCAUAGAUGUAUGAAGCCCCUAAAAGGACAUUGUAAUGGAAAACAUUUUGUGAGCAAAUGCAAAUUUUCUCCAAUCUCAUUUUUUUUUUUUUUUUUUUCAUCACCAUAUCCCUUUAGAGCAGGAGUGGCCAACUCUGAGAUGUGGGAACUUUUGAGGUCUGAGAUGUGGGAACGGUGAAGAGAGAGAGGGCAAAUAGUUUGCAGUUUAGCUCAGUAUUGCCGUCUAAUCAGCCAGUAUUGUCUUAAAUAGCCAUAGCACUUCAUCUUUUUAUAACAUGAGGUUUUGACCAAAUGUAGCCUAUUCAAUCUUGAUUUUGGUGAAAUGUUGCAACAAUUUUUUUUUUUUUUUUUUUUGUGAAAAAUUACAGUUAUGGACAUACAAGGUAAUAACAAAUAAAUUAAAACAUCCCUUAAAGUAACUACAAAUGAGCAUGUAAAGCAAAUAUCUUCUGUUCGGAGCAUGCCCCCACCCCACGCAAUGUUCUCACCUUUUUCCCCCCUUACCUGUUUGCAUCCCUGAAAGAUUCAAGGAGGCCUUUACUUCUCUGUUAGCAAAUGAUAUAUAACCAGUGCUAUAAUGUAUCCAUGCAGACGUUAAAUGUAACAUCAAGAACUUUCUUAUUGUCAUAAAAUCUCAAGAACCAUGUACAUCAAAAAAAAAUGGUCCUUGAUAAGGACAGUUCUUUGUUGAAUUUCGUCACAUUAAACAUUUAUAUUGGAGUUUCCCACA